UGCCAGUUAUAAAAAAUGGUUUCAUAGUGAUAUUUAUCAUGUGCUUCUGUUCUUUGUUCUUGUACAUUAGUACUGGUAGGGUUUUUGCAUAGUGGAACAUGUGAAUUCUAUAACAAUACUUUUUUUUUCACGGCACGAUAGCAUUAAUAAUACAGAAAUAAUUUAAAAAAAACAAACAAAUAAACUGUUAGUAUAUGACCUAGUUCAGGAAAGUUGUACUUAUUUGCCUUUAGAUGGAUCAUCAAAAAAUUUACAGAAAUUCACAUUACUUUUAAGGGUGCAGUACACCAUCUCUGCAAUGUUGUGGCUAACUCUGCAUUGCAUGAUUAGGUGUAUCCCCAGAAAGCUUACAUUCUUGAAAAAUCACAGCUCACAGCCCUGCAGUGCCUUGCUCACUGCCAAUAUUUAAAGAAGUGGAUAAAAUAUGGAAACAUUUACUACAUCUGCAAUUAGUAUUUUAGUGCCUUUCAGUUCAAUGCUAAUUUUAGCUUCUAGUGGUUUUUUGGAUAAAGUUGAGCAUGAAAUUGGUCUACAGUAUUAUGCAGAACCAGCCUGGAUUCCUUUUUUCAGUUUUAUGCCGUUUAACACCUUAAUCAAUUUUGCAUACAUUGGAUAUGGACUUUACUGGUGCAUUUUAACUAAAGUAUCUGUAGAUCAUGGAAUCUUGAAGGAAAAAGAUAUUUUUAUGUUUUAUACUUUUAAUUUCAUGUGCACCGUUUAUGGAUUUGUUCAGUUAAUGAGGAUAAUUACACAGACUACAUUUUGGGCCAUUAUGGAUCAGUGGUGUACUCUACCAUUUUUCUCUCUUCUAUUCAUUUGGGGACUAUAUUAUCAACAUGGAUGGUCCACCAGCAGAGCAGGAGCUAUUGUCUUGAUUUCCCUGAUGAGCUAUUUUUUGUCUCUUCAAUAUAAGAUAGGAUUUGAAAUAGCAUUAGGGCUGCAUAUAAUCGCAGCUAUUAUUGGAGCCUAUAUUGCCUACCAAAAACACAGGGCAGCAGAUUGCAUGACUUCAUUUUACUUAGCAAUAACAUUUUGCUUUGGCUUUGUUGUUUUAAAGCUUCUUGACCAUUAUUUGGCAGACAUUUUCAUUGUGUUCAGGUACACCUCAGGUCAUUUUCUUAGCAAAAUUUGUGAUGUAGCGCAGAUAGCCUGUGUGAAUAAUUUUUUUUUUGACCUCACCUUACAAAAAGAAGCUGACUUUAGUCAUGAAGAAAAGAAGAAAUAUUUUGAGAAAUAUGAUAAUGAAUAUUUUCAGAAAGGAUUCACCAAUGACAUUAUGUUUGAAAUUGUUAGAAGACCAAAAACAAAUUUAAUAAAUUGAUUUCUUUCGUUGUAAAGUACUAAUAGUUAAUGUGCCUUGACAUUUUGUGUGUAAAAUUAUAUCACUGUUGGUAUUUAAAUGUAAAGUUUACUUUUUCCAUACCAUGUUAUGAAAUUUUAAUUAGUUCAAUUAGGAUGAUAUUUUUAGUUUAAUAAUAAGCAACAUCUGUGAUAUUUAUUCUUUUUUUUUUUUUUUUUUUGUAUUUUAUUAGCAGGUUUCUUUUGUAUCUAAUGCAUAUUAUAUUCACAAAUGUGUUAAAAAAUUCUAAAACAAGAUUAAAGGGACAGUUUUUUGUUUUUCAGUAGGCCCUAUGUGUCUGGGAUCUAGAUUGUCUGCAUGUCCUAUAACAAAAUUUGAUGAAUAUCCUUAGAUUUCUCCUACAUGUCUUUUAAAGAUAUUAUUUCAUAUGAGGGCACUAUUUGGAGAUCAAUAUAUUUAUUUGUAAUGCAUUUAGUGAAAAUGACUGACCUGCUGGUGUUGCUUUAUUUGAUAUAAACUCAUUUUGUUAUCAUGUUAAUUGUUUUAAUUAUCUGUUUUCUCUGUAAUAUUUUAUUUUUCAUUUUCUAUAGAACACAAAAUGCACUCGAUAAGCAAGAACAAAAUACUGUGGAAGUCAGAUAAUUAGAACUCACAUAAAUGGAAAUUCUGCUUAAUUUCAAUUAGCUUUAUUUUUUUUUAUUCUUUUUUGUCCUUACUGAAAAAGUGUCAGGUUCCUGAUAGUUCAAAUAAAACAAUGACUGUUUGUUCUGUAUGUCUUUUUGACCCACCCAUAACAAGCAUGCAGCCACAUGAGAUGUUCACCAAUCUUUUAACACUCUGAUUUUACUUGAUUUUCAACUUUGGAUUGUGUGUGUUUUUGUGUUUAUGAUAUAUGGUUAUUUUUACAUUAUGAAUAAGCGUCCAAUGGCCUAGCCUGGGUGUGUGCGUACCUAGUGAGGAACAAGAAAUGGCCAACAAAGUCUCUCCCAUUCUCCCUCCCCCUCACAGUUCAAAAAUAUGCCAUGCUGUUUAGUUUAGUACAAUUUUCUUUGUGUCCAUCAAACUCAGACUUGCUUACCCCUUUUUUUCCUAUGUAACCAAUCAUGUACACUGUGUUGUAAUCAGUGAUCCGACUGAAUUAGACCAACAACCACACUUCUGGACAGUUAGCAGUAACUAUAUUGCUGUUUUAAAUAGAAUGGCAUUGUUAAGCUCUUCAGGUCCAAAUCCUUUAAAAAGAAAAUGCAAAUCUCAUGCAUAAAACUUAUUCUUCUGUUUAAGGAUUGCACUAACAAGAGAAGUAUUUUGUAUGCUCAACAUAUUUAGUUCUCUUGUUGCAGUGUUUAAUUGCUUUUGAAUCACGUCACAUAUCAAUAACUUCACAAAUUCUAUCAAUUCUUUUUAAUAUUAAUAAUUUAAAAAAUGUAUCAUUCAUAAGUACAGAAGUCGGCUACUUUGUUAUUUUCUCCAGAAGCAAUUAAUUGUUAAAACAAUUUUUUAUAUAUACAAUUUUUAAAAAAUUAUUUUGCUGAUUUUAUAACUAUACUCGGUAUAUAAUAUUUUAAUGUAAUAAAUCUCAUUACCGUAUAACAAUUUCAUUAUGAAAAAAAAAACUGUUUCUUAAAGCUCUGUAUUUAAAUAAAAAUAUAAUUGGGAAAGGGGAAGGGAAAGAAAUACUUUUAAGUCCUGGAGAAGCUUAAAAAAAAUAA